AGAGGGAGGAGGGGGGGGACGACGAAACCCCCGCCAAAUGAUCCUGGGCUGGACGAGCCGUCACCCAGUACGGACCCGGGAAUAUUCCGGUGCUGGUUUUCCCCCGUUUUCUGCGGACGUCCUCUCCGAUACGGGUCAUGCUCACGGCGCAGUCCGGCAGGCUCGGUCCGUAGAAGGUGACCGCAUCUCCUCCCACGGACGCGACUUGCCCUGAGGAUUCGGGGGAGGGGGGGGAGGAGGAGGAGGAGGAGGAGAGCGGGCAGACGCCGGUUUCGUUCCGCUCGGAGGUGCGCUGGCGGCGGGCCGCUGAUCCGACUCUGGAGCAGGAAACGGAGGAUAGCAUGGCCAUGACGGGAGGGACGGCAGCUUCCCUUCCCAUGAGCAACCACACGCGGGAGCGGGUGACUGUGGCCAAGCUGACCCUGGAGAACUUCUACAGCACCUUGCUGACUCAGCACGAGGAGCGAGAGAUGAGGCAGAAAAAGCUGGAGAAAGUGAUGGAUGACGAGGGUUUGCUGGAUGAAGAGAAGGUGAUGCGGCGUUCCCAGCAUGCUCGGAAGGAGACGGAGUUCCUGCGGCUGAAGAGAACGCGACUCGGCCUGGAUGACUUUGAGUCCCUCAAGGUCAUAGGUCGCGGCGCCUUCGGGGAGGUCCGCCUGGUGCAGAAAAAAGACACGGGACACAUUUAUGCCAUGAAGAUCCUGAGGAAGGCGGACAUGUUGGAGAAGGAGCAGGUGGCUCAUAUCCGGGCAGAGCGGGACAUCCUGGUGGAGGCGGACGGAGCGUGGGUGGUCAAAAUGUUCUACAGCUUCCAGGACAAGAGGAACCUUUACCUCAUCAUGGAGUUCCUACCAGGAGGCGACAUGAUGACGCUGCUGAUGAAGAAGGACACGCUGUCUGAGGAAGCCACUCAGUUCUACAUCGCCGAGACCGUCCUCGCCAUCGACUCCAUUCACCAGCUGGGCUUCAUCCACAGAGACAUCAAGCCAGACAACCUGCUGCUCGACUCCAGGGGUCACGUCAAACUGUCAGAUUUUGGUUUGUGUACGGGUCUGAAGAAAGCCCACCGCACUGAGUUCUACAGGAAUCUGACCCACAACCCUCCCAGUGACUUCUCGUUUCAGAACAUGAACUCCAAGAGGAAAGCGGAGACGUGGAAGAAAAACCGCAGACAGCUGGCUUAUUCCACAGUGGGAACGCCGGACUACAUCGCCCCGGAGGUCUUCAUGCAGACGGGGUACAACAAGCUGUGCGACUGGUGGUCUCUGGGCGUCAUCAUGUACGAGAUGCUCAUCGGUUAUCCGCCCUUCUGCUCCGAGACGCCUCAGGAGACGUACAGAAAAGUCAUGAACUGGAAGGAGACGCUGGUAUUCCCGCCUGAGGUGCCCAUCUCUGAGAGGGCCAAGGACCUGAUACUCAGGUACUGCACUGAUGCAGAGAACAGGAUCGGUGCCGUGAGCGUGGACGAAAUUAAAAGUCAUCCGUUCUUUGAGCCGGUGGACUGGGAGCACAUCAGGGAGCGGCCGGCGGCCAUCUCCAUCGAGAUCAAAUCCAUCGACGACACGUCCAACUUCGACGACUUCCCCGAGUCGGACAUCCUGCAGCCUGCCAAUGUCUCAGAGCCAGACUUCAAGUCCAAGGACUGGGUGUUCCUCAACUACACCUACAAGCGCUUCGAGGGCCUGACCCAGCGGGGGACCAUCCCCAACUACAUGAAGGCAGGGAAGGCCUGACACGCCAAAACCGGACCGUAUCCCGGCGAGGACUGAAGCAGCCCGCCGGGGAGAUAACGGACACAGGGUUUUUGGGGCUUUCGAGCCCCGUUGGUGCCGAACCAUCUGUACUAUCAGCACGGACCGCAGACUACAUUUAACCUUUAUCAUCACAAGCUCUUUAGGUUCGCUUGGCCACCGCAAGAAAACCAACUACUCUUAACGCAAUACCUCGGUGAAUGUCAUCCACAUAAGGCUAGCCAGCAUCUCUUAGAUCUCAGGCCAUCUCCCCAACUAGGGCACCAAAUCAAGGAAAUUUGCAUGAUCACCGACGUUCUUCUUCUUGAGCUUCACCUCCUCCGGUUGGUAUCGACUGACGUGAAAACGUACGCAUGAAGGGAAGGAGAGAGGUUCGAUGCGAGUCGCCGUUCAGGUUAGUUUCGACAUUGGUUGACGUCAGAAGCAGUCUGGCCUCCGUCUCCAGAGGCCGAUGCCGGUAUGGAUGAGGUGCCGUGUGUGUUGAAUAGCAGUUUAUGUCUACACGAGGAGGCAGACCGGCCGUUGUCGCCUGUGUUGUGUCCGUAGAUGUGAGUCGCGGCGGGGAAACUUCCUGUUCAGACAGGGAAGAGGUUGCUGCUAGAAAACAUCCGAGUGGAGUUGGAUCCAUUUGUCUCAGUGUAGUUUCCGGGGAAGGGUGCUCCUUUCUUCUUUUUUCUUCUUCUUUUUUUAAUCUCCACCCUUUCAGGACAGUUUCGGUUUAACUCCACAAACAAAACAAACGCAUUAAAAACAUAUCUGUACCGCCCCAUGUGUGAAUUACAGUCGCUCAAAGGGAAAGACGAUGUCUUCACUGGAAAACUAACAAAAGUGCCUUUUCAAUAUUUGGUGAAAUGUUGAAUUAGAUGCGGUAUCCACGUUAUCGGAGACGAGUCAGAAGACUUUGAACGAAAGUCGUCGAGGUAGAAAAAGUACAUCUGGUUGAGGGGGCAAAGCAUCUUGGGGUGAAAGGGAAAUGGAGACCUAAAAGACGGGUGGGGGGCAUUUUAACAGACCCCCCCCCCCCCGUUAAAACAGACGAGUUCUGUUCCACGUUUAAACCCCACCACGUUUAAACCCCACCUCCUCCGACGGGGGUCCUCGUGGGACACGUGUCGUACGCGGAGGCAGCUCGGACCGUGUCACAUGAAUCCAGAAUAAAAUAAGAAGGAAGUGUAAAGAUUACAAACGUGAUAGAAUGAGAGGAAUUUAACAAAAAUGACAUUAAAAGAUCACAAAUAUGGGGGCAUAAAAUAGCC